GCUCGCUAUGACGUGUUUCCUGGUCUUGCGGGCAGCUUUGCUGAGCUGGUUGACAGGGGAUAGAAGGGAUUCUUAUUGUUUUAUUGCCUUGCGCACGACUGAUCCUCUUAAUUCGCUUUGUUAUUUUUAGGGAAUAUAUGUCACAUUAAUAACGGGCUUCUUUGUUAUAGGAGGCAAUGCACUAGCGUGUCUAAUUACGUCGUUAAUUAUAAAGGAAAUAGGGGCGGCUAGUGCGCUGGAAAGUUUUCUCAUUUUUAUGGUGAUCCAUGAGUAUGUGGGGUGCUGUAAACUAACGGUCAGUGCUCCUCGUAAGGGACCAAAUGAUCCGAAUUACUGCAGAGAUGCUGCCUCUCCCGACUCCGUGGCCGUAGCUGCCGAUCACAUUCCCCGUGCCGGCGCCGGCGGAGGAGGACCUGCAGCCCGGGCUUCAGCUGCAACGUGACGCUCUCCGCGCAGCCGGCCGCUCGCUGAUAGCGGCUCCUGGCUUGUGUGCGUUUCAUACUGCGGCUGGGGCUGCCGUUUCGCCGGGGAGGAGGUCGAUGGGUCAGGACAGUCUACGUCGACGAGGGGCAACCGUGAUCUGCACCUAAGGAAACCUCAAAGAAGGGAAGAAUUACACGAUGCGCUGCCCAGCUGAUCAAACGCAGACGAUUUAUUCAAAGUACUAGGCACCAAGGACCUGAAGACCGGGCAAGAAACGAGCGCAGGACGGCAGAUAUAAUCGCGGAGCGGACGGCGAGUGGGGCAGCCGAUGACCCCUGUGUGGCACUGACCCCAGGACUUCUCCGCCCUCAGCGCGCAUGGGCCCAUUCUGAGGAGAGACCUGCCCCAUGGACCUGCUGUUGCUGAUUCUGCUCUUCUUGACCCCCCAGCUGGGCGCUGCUUCCCGGGCCCCUAGGAUCUACACAAACAGCUGGGCUGUCCGUGUCUCAGGGGGAGCCGAGCAGGCCCAGCGCCUGGCCCGCAAGCAUGGCUUCCUCAACCAUGGCAAUGUAUUCGGAGAGUAUUACCAUUUCCGGCAUCGUGCGGUGGUGAAGCGCUCCCUGACGAGCCACCGGGGGGCGUACAUCAAGCUCCAGAAGGAACCUCAGGUGCUCUGGGCCCAGCAGCAGGUGGUGAAACGCCGCAGGAAGAGGGAUGUGUACACAGUCCAGCCUUCGGACCCUGAGUUCGGCCAGCAGUGGUACCUGUUUAAUACGAACCACCAGGACCUGAAUGCCAGGAGCGCCUGGGAGCAAGGCUACACAGGCAGGGGGGUGGUGGUGACCAUCCUGGAUGACGGCAUCGAGAAGAACCACCCCGACCUGAUGCAGAACUACGACCCGGAGGCCAGCUACGACGUGAACGAUGGGGAUCCGGACCCCCAGCCGCGCUACACCCAGCUCAACGACAACCGGCAUGGGACUCGCUGCGCUGGAGAGGUAGCCGCCGUGGCCAACAACGGGAUCUGUGGAGUGGGCGUGGCUUACAACGCUCGCAUCGGAGGUGUUCGCAUGCUGGACGGGGAGGUGACUGACGUGGUGGAGGCUCAGUCCCUUAGCCUAAACCCGCAGCACAUCCACAUCUACAGUGCCAGCUGGGGACCGGAGGAUGACGGCAAGACAGUGGACGGCCCCGCCAAGCUGGCCAGGGAGGCCUUCCUGCGGGGGGUCACGGAGGGUCGAGGCGGACUGGGCUCCAUCUUCGUGUGGGCGUCAGGGAAUGGUGGCCGCGACAAGGACAGCUGCAACUGCGAUGGCUACACCAACAGCAUCUACACACUGUCCAUUAGCAGCAGCACGCAGAGCGGCAAUGUGCCCUGGUACAGCGAGGCCUGCUCCUCCACACUGGCCACCACCUACAGCAGUGGGAACCUCAACGAGAAGCAGAUCGUCACCACCGACCUCAGGCAGAAAUGCACAGAGUCUCACACGGGCACCUCUGCUUCCGCCCCCCUGGCAGCUGGCAUCAUCGCCCUGGCUCUGGAGGCCAACAAGAACCUGACCUGGAGAGACAUGCAGCACCUGGUGGUGAGGACGUCACGACCCGCACACCUCACCACUGACGACUGGAGGGUGAACGCAGUGGGCCGCUGGGUGAGCCACUCAUAUGGCUACGGCCUGCUGGACGCGGGCGCCAUGGUGACGCUGGCCCGCAACUGGACCAACGUGGGCUCCCAGCUGAUGUGCGUGCUGUCGCUGCUGCCAGAGCCUAGGAACAUAGGUAGCCACCUGCUGGUCACUGGGAGUGUGGAUGCCUGUGCAGGAAGGUCCAACUUCGUGAGCUCGCUGGAGCAUGUGCAGGCCCGACUUACACUGUCCUACAGCCGGCGAGGAAACCUGGCGAUCCACCUGAUCAGCCCCGGUGGGACGCGGUCCACGCUGCUGGCUUCCAGACCGCAUGACUACUCCUCGGAAGGUUUCAACGACUGGGCCUUUAUGACCACACACUCCUGGGACGAGGACCCUAACGGGGAGUGGACCCUGGAAAUUGAGAAUGUGGCCGGGGACAGUGAUUACGGGACGCUGAGUCAGUUCACCCUCGUGCUGUAUGGCACCAACUCCUACAGCAUGAGCCCAGAUGGGUUUGACUUCGGUCAGCCUUCCAACGGCAGCUGCAAGACUUUUGACAUCCAGCAGAUUUGUAUUGAAUGCAGCACUGGAUUCUUCCUGUUCCGUCAGGGCUGUGUGAGGUCCUGCCCCCCCGGCUUUAGCCCAGCUUCCCAGCCCUUAAACUCCUCCCUGCACGGCUGGGUGGAGCUUUGGUCGGUGCAGGCAUGCCUCCCGUGCCACCCGGCCUGUCACACGUGUGACGGUCUCAGCUCCUCGGACUGCCUGUCCUGCCCCCCCCACAGCCACCUGGACCCCAGUGCCGGUACCUGCCAGCACCAAAACCAAAUGCAGCGCAAGACACCCGUCGGCCCAAAGACCCCCAGCCCCGGGCCCCCAUCUCGCCUGCCUGUUACCUUGGCGUUGCUCAGCUGUGCCUUCAUCGCUGCCACCUUCAUGGCCGUGUUUGUGCUGCUACAGCUGCACUCUGGUGGCAGCGCCCCCUGUGGCCGGUGGAGCAAACUGCACAGGCUGGAGUGUGGGGCGGGGGCGUCCAGGGGCCUGGGCACGGGCUGCGGGAGGGUGGUCACCUACCGCGGCAUCCCUACCGUCUGGGCUGAAGAUGGGUGCAACUCCGAGUCCGAGGAUGACGAUAUUGACGUUCACAAUGAAAAGACGGCCUUCAUCAAAACACAGAGCGCCCUUUAACAGCCUCUCCAUAUGACUUUGUCUUUAAUGAACAAUCAUCUGCCUUCUCCUGCGGCUGGUAACCUAGCAUCGAGCUGGGGUGGGUGGGAGAUCCAAACAUACCUCUGGGGGUGAGGACUUGACAGCAUCGAUUAAAACAUUUUCCUUGUCACAGUAAACAAGUGCUGAUUUUGCAGCAGGUUUCAGCAGCGAGUUUGUGAUGACAUGAGUGAGUCAUAGAACCCAGGAAGGUCUAUGAAAUGUGGGGUGGGGCUGGAUGUGUGCGGAGUCAAAAGGUGGGUGGGCUCCAGUAGAGCCCAAGAGAUUCGUUUCUGCUAAUGCAGUUGAGGAUGUAAACAUGGUCAUCUUCAACGAAUGAAACAUGCGGUGUUUAUUAUUUUCUUUGCUGCUCAGCAGUAAUGUUCUCAGUGAAUCAAAGCCCAGUAUUUCACCUGCCAUUCAUGCUCUGCCCCCUGGUGCGGAGAUUGGGAAGGUCUUAGUCUUGAGGAUUUGAGCUGUUCUUGAACUAUAAAGGAGGUUUGAGACAAGUGUGCUGUGAGCCCAUGACCCUGGUUCCUGGAGACGUACAGUGAUGCACAGCAUUCUGCUUUCCAUUACGUAAACUGGCACAGAAGUUUAAAGAGUUUGUACUAUAAUGUUGAAGCAGUCAAAUGUUUUUGUAUGACAUUUAUUCUGAUUGGCUGGGUCCUGCAAACAGUGUAGCACUUCCCGUGCUUAUUUGGCAGCGAUUUCCUUCUUUUCCUCUUGUACCCCAUUUUUCAGGGGCUCCAUUCAUAGAUCUGAGCCAAUAGCAGCCUGUUCUUUUACAUCCUGUCUAUGUCUCAGACAUAGUGAUCGAGUGGCAGGAGCCUUGGGGAGCCUUAGGGAGCCUUGAGUUCUCUGGCUUUCACUUCAGAGGUUAAGGGUCUGUGUUGGCGGAGUAUCUUGGGGGAGAAACCUGCGGACAUCACGAUGUGAAUCGGUUCAUCCUCUUCACUGCUAUCUGUAUGAUGGCAGCAAAGGUGUCCUUCGUAAAUCUACUAGUGAUUGAUUUAUAAUGUAUGUGUGUGUGGGAUGUACAGUUGAAGGCUUUUUAUAUCCAACAUUGUUUGAGACUUUGUUCAUAUCCAUAUUGUAAACUUUCUAUGUGAAUGUUUGCUUUUGUCAUAAUUUACAUUUAGUUUUUAAAUGGAAUGGAACAGAGAUGGUUCUCCUUUUAUUUAGGGUCUAAAGGUCAGUGUGGCCUAAUCCAGCCCAACUGAUCAGGCAUCAGGAGCCCUCCUCGUUCACAUGGGACCCCUUCAGGAUCGGGGAGUCCCACUGUGCUGUCACCUGGUCUCCAUUAGACAGUGUGUGGAAUAACAACAUAAAGGGCUGAAGCUGUGUGUGUGUCUGUGUAUGUGUGUGUGAGAAAAUUCUUAAAGCUCUAUCUAUCCUGGUUGAGAUUCUUACCAAUGUUUUCUGAAAGCCCUCUAAGGGCUUGGAACAGAAGACAAUCUCCAACAAAGGGUCACUUUUUGUACAAUACGUAUAGUGAACAUUAAUUUCUUGUAUUUUUUAUUUUAUUUUCCCCCUAUUUAACAGACUUAUUGAAUUCGAAAAUGAAAUAAAAACUAUGCAAACCACAA